CUGCUCUCUGCUCUCUGCACCGCCUCCUCCUCGCCGCAGCUAUAAAUUCAAGGGGCCGCCAUUUCCAGUCCUCCAUGACUUGAACAAGCUAGCUAGCUAGCAGGCAACCCUCUCUCUGGUCUUCCCACUUCCACACCAGAAAGAAACCACCACCUCCUCUCCUGACUCCUGAGUAGUGAGUAAUCCAAUCAUCCACAAAAGCUUCAGCUACCCAUGGCGCCGCCGACCGAGGACUGCGGCUGGCUGCUGUACCUCUCCCUGGCCGCCAAAUGCGGCGACCCUCACCGCCUGCUCGGCUUCGCCGCGGUCUUCGUCGCCGCGUGCGUCGUCACGUCGCUCCUGCACUGGGCGUCCCCGGGCGGCCCCGCCUGGGGUUGGUACUGGUGGACGCGCCGGGCCGCCGGCCUGGGCAUCGUCCGCGCCGCGACCAUCCCGGGGCCCCGGGGCCUGCCGGUUGUCGGCAGCAUGGCGCUCAUGACCGGGCUCGCGCACCGCAAGCUCGCGGCGGCGGCCCAGGGACAGGCCAGCCGGCGCCGGCUCAUGGCGUUCUCGCUGGGCGAGACCCGGGUGGUGGUCACCGCCGACCCGGACGUCGCGAGGGAGCUGCUGGCCAGCGCCGCCUUCGCCGACCGCCCCGUCAAGGAGUCCGCGUACGGGCUCCUCUUCCACCGCGCCAUCGGCUUCGCCCCGCACGGCGCCUACUGGCGCGCGCUCCGCCGCGUCGCGUCCGCGCACCUCUUCUCGCCGCGCCAGAUCGCCGCCUCCGCCGCGCAGCGCGCCGCCAUCGCGCGCCAGAUGGUGGACGCCAUGACCACGACCACGGCCGCCGGCACCGUCGUCGUCGUGGCGCGGCGGUUCCUGAAGCGCGCGUCGCUGCACAACGUCAUGUGGUCGGUGUUCGGGCGCAGGUACGACCUGCUGGCGGCGGACACCGACGAGGCCGCGGAGCUCAAGGCGCUGGUGGACGAAGGCUACGACCUCCUCGGGCAGCUCAACUGGUCCGACCACCUCCCGUGGCUCGCCCGCUUCGACCUGCAGAGGACGCGGGCCAGGUGCUCCGCGCUCGUCCCGCGGGUGAACCGCUUCGUCGGCGCCAUCAUCGACGAGCACCGCGCGCGCCUCGGCGGAGACACCGCCGCCGUCAUGGACUUCACCGACGUCCUGCUCUCCCUCAACGGCGACGACAAGCUCUCCGACGCCGACAUGAUCGCCGUCCUCUGGGAGAUGAUCUUCCGAGGCACGGACACGGUGGCGGUGCUGAUCGAGUGGGUGCUGGCACGUCUGGUGCUGCACCAGGACGUGCAGCGCAAGGUGCACGACGAGCUGGACCGGGUGGUCGGGCCGGGCGAGGCCGUGACGGAGUCGGACACCGCCUCACUGGUGUACCUGCAGGCGGUCAUCAAGGAAGUGCUGCGCCUGCACCCGCCGGGCCCACUGCUGUCCUGGGCGCGGCUGGCCACGUCGGACGUGAACGUCGGCGGGCACCUGGUCCCCGCGGGCACCACCGCCAUGGUGAACAUGUGGGCCAUAACCCACGACGCCAGCGUGUGGCCUGAGCCGACGGAGUUCAGGCCCGAGAGGUUCGUCGCCGCCGCCGGCGGCGAGGACGUCGUCCCGAUAAUGGGUUCGGACCUCCGGCUCGCGCCGUUCGGGUCCGGCAGGCGGAGCUGCCCCGGGAAGUCGCUCGCGGUGGCCACCGUCGGGUUCUGGGUCGCCACCCUGCUGCACGAGUUCGAAUGGUUGCCGUGCGGCGGCGGCGGCGGCGUGGACCUGUCCGAAGUGCUGAGGCUGUCGUGUGAGAUGGCCGCGCCGCUGGAGGCGAGGGUGGUGCCACGUCGUCACGCGGUGUGAUGAUGACGAGGCAGCUGAGACACACGUGGACGUGGCUGGGGAGAGGGGACGGAGUGGCUAGCUUCUUCUACUACUACUACCUUACCACCUUCUAGCAGAACGUAACGUACGUGGCCCCGGACGACGAUCGAUGAGCGAGAUGCGUAAAAAAAAAAUCGCCCAAGUGCCAUGCUUUAGAGCUGAUGCUGGUGUGGACUUCCAGUAAUUUCCUGUGUAUGAUGGUAGGUGCUGGUGGAAGGACUACGUAGUAACCACCAGCCGGUUUGAUGCUUAAUUAUGUGUGUGUGUGUGUGUGUGUGUGUGUGUGUGUGUGUGUGUGUGUGUGUGUGUGUGUGUGUAAUGUAACUUACUAGCUGCUGCUGCUGCAUGUAAUAUCUGCCUGCUGUUAGUCGACUACUAGGUAGUGUAGUGUACCAGAUGAUGAGUGUGACAGUUAUCUUUUCCUUUUCAGUAAUGCGUAGCUAGCUAGAGCUAGAUGUGUAUUAUUGUGUAAUAAUAAUCCUAUGUGUGUAUAUAUCUCUCUAUAGUUUCUAUCCUAAUGCAAGCGUGCGUGUGUGUACGUACGUGUUGGUGUUA